UACUGUUUAUUUUUCGCGCCAAGAGCUGUACCUUCACAUUGUGCGAGAGUCUGACAAACCCAAAUGCUGGGCAUGUAAGACGUGGAGUUAAGAUAGCAGCCACGAUGGAGGAUAAAAGACCGUAGUACAGACUCUCAGUGUUGGUACAACACCACGUUUCAACCCUUAUUUCACAAGCGCGCCUUACCCGACAGUCUUCCUGUCUCCCUCGCGUCCAACCGUUCCAGGGCGCUACUGCUACCUCUACAGAUACCUCUUCGUUCUCCCUAGUGUCUCCUUCUAGUCACCCACAACUUUCACGAUAGCGUCGCCAUAAUGUCAUACCUUUUCAAGCACUCCUUCAUUGGAACCUUGGCGCAUUACAUCAAGCAUCGAAAAUUCGACUACACUCGUACUAAGGCAAAACCAAUAUCUACAUCGUCGUCUAACGAUGAUCUCCCUUUCCCGAAGGAAGUCGUCCCUGAAGAGGCUGUGGGCACAGAGCUUAAGCAGCACCAGACCACCCUUGUCGACUGGAAUGGACCAAGCGACCCAAGCAACCCUCAGAACUGGCCUCAGUCCCACAAAAUACUUGUGACGGUGCUACUAUGCGUCUACACCUUUGCUGUGUACGUUGGCUCUUCGAUAUACACAUCCUCGCAGCAAGCGGUCAUGGACAAGUUCGACGUAAGCCAUGUUGCUGCCUCGCUCGGUAUUGCGCUCUAUGUUCUGGGCUAUGGUAUCGGAUGUCUACUCUUCUCGCCGCUAUCUGAAGUACCAGCCAUUGGUAGAAACCCUCCGUAUGCGGUGUCCGGCUUUUUCUUCAUCAUCUUGUGCAUACCGACUGCGCUGGUAGACAACUUUGCUGGUCUGAUGGUACUGCGAUUUCUCUUGGGAUUCAUGGCUUCACCCUGCCUCGCAACGGCUGGCGCAUCGCUCGGUGACAUCUGGACAAUGGCUGAGUUCCCAUUCGCGGUUGCGCUUUGGGCGGCGGUCGCAACACUCGGUCCCGCGCUUGGACCUACCCUAUCUUCAUAUGCCGUCAAGGACCUGGGAUGGCGCUUCUCAAGCUGGGAACUGCUCAUCAUCGCAGGUCCGGUAUACCUCGCCAUACUGUUGGUCCUGCCGGAGAGCUCCGGACCCACCAUCCUGUACUACAAAGCGAAGCGCAUGCGAGAGGACACAGGAAACCAGGAGCUGAUGUCGGCCUCCGAGCGAAAGCAAAAGAACAUGAAGGUUAGCAGCUUGCUUUUCGACGCGCUGGUCAAGCCGUGGGAGAUCAACGCCCUGGACCCUGCCAUCUUGUUCACGACAGUGUACAUGGGCUUGUGUUACGGCAUCUAUUACUCUUUCUUCGAGUCCCUACCCCUCGUAUACCCUGUAUACUACGGCUUCAACGCCGAGUCCACAGGCCUCGUUUUCCUCUGUAUCCUCCCAGCCUGCCUUGGCGCCUUCGCAGCACAUGUGCUAUACCUUAAAUACCGCGUCUUCCCCCGCCUUAUGAACGGGACAUUCGGCGAGCUCGAGAACCACCUAUGGCCCGGUAUGGUAGCCAGUCCUGUUAUCGCAAUAGGGCUCUUCAUGUUCGCAUGGGCAUCAAGACCCUCAGUCCACUGGAUGGUGCCUACCAUUGGUCUCGGUCUUACUUGUUUUGGUAUCUACUUCAUCGCGCAAAGUGUUCUGCUGUACAUCCCAAACAUCUACCCGACAUACGCAGCCAGCAUCUUCAGUGCCAAUAGUCUUAGCAGAAGCGCGUUUGCGUUCGCGGCGAUCCUGUUUGCAAGACCCAUGUUCCAGGGUAUCGGGAUCGACGGUGGUGUGAGUCUACUGGCAGGAUGCAUGGUGCUGUGUUCGUUCGGCAUCUUUGCGCUAUACAGGUAUGGUAAGACGUUGCGAGAGCGGAGUCGCUUUGCUGUCGCUUGAUGAGGAGAAAAUGAUGGAUAGACGCUUGCCAGGUGCCUCAUGUUCACGCCGACUGGAAAUGAGACGAGAUAGACAGACAUACUU